AUGAUGAUGAAGGCCCAGGAAUGGUUCCUGCUGACAUGCUGCCUGUUCAGUCUGUGCGUAAUUGGAGAGACCUCAGAUGCAGAGAAUCAGCUAUUGAAGAAGCUUUUCUCUUCUUACAAUGUGAAAGUGCGGCCUUCAAAAACACCAGAGAGCAAACUGGUUGUGAGGGUUGGCAUGACCCUGGUAUCCUUCGUCAGUCUGAACAUGAAAAAUGAAGAGAUGACCACUAACGUCAUCUUGAACCUGGAGUGGACCGAUAACCAUUUGGUCUGGAAUGCUAAAGAUCACGAAGGGAUUGACGUAUUGCGAAUUCCCGCAGCGAAAGUGUGGCUCCCGGACAUCGUUCUUAUUAACAAUAAUGACGGUGUGUUUGAGGUGGGUCUACGUGUUCAUGUUCAGGUAUACAGUAAUGGCAGGGUGACAUGGACCCCUCCUGCCCUUUUCCGCAGCUCAUGUGGUGUAAAGGUGACAUACUUUCCGUUUGACUGGCAGAACUGCACCAUGGUGUUUAAGUCAUUCACUUACGACUCCUCUGAAGUGGAUCUUCAGCAUGCCCUUGAUGAGAAAGGCAAAGAGAUAAAAGAAAUCAUCAUUGACACCAGUUUCAGUGAGAGCGGUGAAUGGCAUAUACGUCACAAGCCAUCCAGGAAGAAUGUAAAGAAAGAGGAUCUAUAUGAAGACGUCACCUUCUACCUGAUCAUUGAGCGCAAACCCAUGUACUAUGUAUUCAACAUCAUUCUGCCCUGCAUCCUCAUCACAAUCAUCGCCAUCUUCAACUUCUAUCUGCCGCCUGAUGCUGGAGAGAAGAUGGGUUUGUCCAUCAACGUACUGCUGACCCUUACUGUCUUUCUGCUCCUGCUGGCUGAUAAAAUCCCAGAGACAUCGCUUGGUGUCCCCAUGAUCGUCAACUACCUGAUGUUCACCAUGGUCCUGGUGACGUGUUCGGUUAUUCUCAGUGUGGUGGUGUUGAAUCUGCACCACCGCUCACCAAGCACUCACCAAAUGCCCAUGCUGGUGCGCAAGAUUUUCAUCCACAUACUGCCCACAUAUCUGGGACUCCUGAGGCCUAAAGUGGAGACACCGCUCUCUCUGGAGCGCCCACGCAAGAAGGAAUACCACACGUGCAUCAGCCGGGCAGCAGACGAAUACUUCAUCCGCAAGCCCAACACCUGUGUGCUCUUUCCCAAACCCAACAGGUACCAGCCAGAUGGCCUGUGCACUGACCUGCGGAAGUUCAUCGAUGGUCCCAGUCACUACCAGACUCUGCCUCCUGAGCUGAAAUCAGCCGUGGAUGCUAUCUGCGAAAUCGCUGAGCAACUACAAGCUGAGAAAGACUAUGAAGCUUUAAAGGAAGACUGGCAGUAUGUAGCCAUGGUGGUUGAUCGACUCUUCCUCUGGAUCUUUGUGAUCUUCACCACCGUUGGAACGUUGGCCAUUUUUGCUGAUGCUAGUUUCAAUGCUACUCCCACUGACCCCUUCAUGAGUCCUUGAUCCUAGCGGUCAUCACUCUGACCUUUUGAACUCCACAGCACUAGGCAGUGUGUUGCUUACAUACUGCUUGCUACUGACAUUUAUUCACUUGGCAGAUGCUGUUAUAUUUGUAUGCAAAGUCUCCAGUCUCCAGACCAGGAAUACGCUGACACAUAAUACCAUCAAUAAGCUCCAAGAACAAUAAUAGAGCAGUGUAAAUAACUGUAAACAGCACAGGUUAUAGACUCACUUCAGUGCUUUUGCGUUGUUUAGUGAUAAUGAGAACUGGAUUAUUGUUUCAGCCAUGAGUUCAGCCUUUCUGUAGAAAUGUAUAUUUUUUGAUAAAUGUUUGAGCUUGAAGUGUUUAAUAAAGAUACUUUGUAAAUCAACAAA